AUGGAAGCCUCCGUUGGCGAUAGGAUUGCAAUCAAGACCCGGAACAUAGGUGGCGGAGACCAGGUAGCUGAGAUCAUCGAAGUUCGAGGCCCCGCUGGAGGGCCUCCUUACCUGGUUCGCUUUCCCGAUGGUCAUGAGUCGGUGGUAUUUCCAGGUCCUGACUCUGAAAUAAUUCCUGGAGAGAGUGAUUAG